AAACUAUUCGGUUUUUUUGUAGUAUGUCAAUAACUUCCACAUAAUGUGGAAAGUAGUAUUGCUCGCGCUUUGUGUUUAUGCUAACAUACCCUCUAUUGAGGGUGGUAGUUCACCCAAUUCUGAAUAUGUAAAAUUAUUGUUUGGCGAUUCAGGUGCCCGGUACUCUAACAAUAUUAUUGAAGAUGCUAAUUUGGACGUGCCAGGACUGGUAAAGAAAUAUGGGUAUCCUAUCGAAAUGCAUAACGUUACUACCCCCGAUGGAUACAUUUUGGGGAUGCAUCGUAUUCGUCAUGGACGCGACGCAAAUAACGUUCCCGAUGAGAAUAAACCAGUAAUAUUUUUAAUGCAUGGUAUAGUGAGCUCAUCCGCAGAUUGGGUUAUAAUGGGACCUGGAGCUGGAUUUGCUUACAUCCUGGCUGAAGCAGGAUUUGACGUUUGGAUGGGAAAUGCGCGCGGCAACUUCUACUCUCGCACGCACGUCCGGCUGAAUCCUGAUGCUAUUUUAAAUACAAAUUACUGGAAAUUCUCUUGGGAUGAAAUUGGAAAUAUUGAUUUGCCUACAAUGAUUGACUACGUUCUUGUUAAAACUAAUAGACAAAGACUACACUACGUCGGACACUCUCAGGGUACUACUGCAUUUUUUGUCAUGAAUUCCUUGCGUCCAGUAUACAAUGACAAGAUAAUUUCUAUGCACGCUUUGGCACCUGUGGCUUAUAUGGCCCACAACAGAAAUACACUUUUGUUAUUUAUGGCUCCAAUGGCGAACGAUGUUGAGAAAAUUAGUUCUUUAAUGGGAAUUGGUGAAUUAUUGCCAAACAAUGCUAUUAUGUCAUGGGCUGGUCAAAACCUGUGUAUGGACGAAUCCACGUUCCAGCCUGUUUGCAGCAAUAUUCUCUUUCUUAUUGGGGGAUGGAAUGUAGAACAACUUAAUAAGACAAUGAUGCCAGUUAUAUUCGGCCACUCGCCUGCGGGUUCUUCCGUUCGCCAGUUCGUUCAUUAUGGUCAAGGAAUCGCUGACAAAGGUUUUCGUCGGUUCGACCAUGGCAGCAGGAUGGCCAACAGGAAAGCGUAUGGUUCACGCAGACCCCCUAAUUACGAUCUAUCUAAAGUGACUGCACCGGUGUUCUUACAUUAUUCCUUCAAUGAUCCUUUAGCAGAGGUACAAGAUGUUGAGAGGUUGUUUAGAGAAUUGGGUAGACCGGUUGGUAAGUUCCUUGUACCUCUGCCCGCUUUCAACCAUAUUGAUUAUAUAUGGGCUAUUAAUGCGAAAGAGUUAAUAUACGAUAGGGUUAUUAACUUGGUAAGAGCAGUGGAAAGGAGUGGUAUAGAUAACCUUGUUCUGUAAGUACUAGGUACACCUGAAAUCAUAAUGACGCAAUAUUAUAGAAAUGAAUCCGAAAA